AGAGAAAUACACCACGGGGUAUUACAACUUGCUUAGUCGAAUUUCGAUUCACUUGUUUAUAUUAAUAGGACUUUGUCAGCAUGUGGAUUUCUGCAGCAUUCCUUCUUUUUGCAUUGGCUGUAAAUGGAGACAAGUCUGAAGAUUCUUUCAGCAUUGGUCGAAGAUGCCCCACUGGCUGGGAGAAAUUUGGAACAAAAUGUUUUAAAUUUUUCAGUGACUUAAAACCAUGGGCUGCGGCAGAAAAACAAUGUGUUGACCUCGGAGGAAACCUUGCAUCUAUCCACAAUCAACUCACUCACAAUUUCCUAAAGACCUUUCUGAAAAAAUAUGCUAAUAAAAUCCCCCGAACCUGGAUUGGUGCUCAUGAUGCAACUAAGGAUUAUGUCUGGUUUUGGAGUGAUGGAUCAAAGUUUGAGUACAGUGACUGGCAUACUGGUGAGCCAAAUGGAAAAAUAAAUGAAAAUUGCGUGGAGAUGGGCUAUGGAGCUGAGCAACGCUGGAAUGAUGCACACUGCAAUACUCUUCUCAGUUUCAUCUGUUCCAAAACGGCUAGAAUUGAUUUCUAACCCUAAUUUUGAUUGCUAAAAUAAUAUC